UAAUUCGACAGUAACUCCAUCAUGGUGAGAGUCCGCCAUUUUAAUUUCUAUAUCGGGUGGAGUAAAUAAAAAUAUAUAUAGAUAAAUAAAUAAAAGUUUAAUAACAUAAAGUAUUUAAUGUGUAAAAUAUCAAAGAUAAUAUAUUUUUUAAAUAUAUAAUGAUUGAGCGGUGAUUUUAAUUAUAUAUUUUAAUUGAUAAUUAAAUUUGAAAACAUGGCCAACCAUUAUGAGGUCCCGAACUGGGCUGGAAAACCUCCAGUUGGAUUGCACUUGGACGUUUUGAAAGGUGACAAGUUAAUUCAGAAACUGAUGGUGGACGAAAAAAAAUGCUAUCUGUUCGGACGGAAUCAACAGUUGAAUGACUUUUGCAUCGACCAUGCGUCAUGUUCGCGUGUGCAUGCGGCUCUUGUUUAUCACAAACAUUUAAAUCGAGCUUUUUUAGUUGAUCUUGGUAGCACGCAUGGAACGUACAUUGGAAGUCUGAGACUAGAAGGAAAUAAACCGACUCAGCUGCCCAUUGAUAGCACAUUUCAUUUCGGAGCAUCAACGCGCUAUUAUAUCAUACGCGAAAGACCGCAGACGGGAGCGAGGACGAUCAUGGAAGAGUUGGAAAAAUCUUCGGAUGAUGUCGAUGCUGGUGGUUUGCUUGGAUUACCUGAGACUGAAACGGAACUUGAUAAUUUAACGGAAUUUAAUACUGCGCACAAUAGAAGAAUAUCAAUGUUAGGAAUAACUGAUGACGAUGUACAUAAAUCGACUAGAAAACGUAAAAAGAAAGGAAUUACAUUCAAUGAUGAUGAGGAAGUCAUUAACCCAGAAGACGUUGAUCCGUCUGUUGGACGUUUCCGCAACCUCGUGCAGACGACAGUGGUACCUAGCAAGAGAAUGAGGCUUGAAGGAGGACUGAUAUCGCUGUCAGAUGACGUCCAUCACCACCACCAUCAUCAUAUGAAACACUUCCAGCCAAUAAAUACCUCGCACCUGUACCAGGAUUUACCACCAGAGCAAUACACGCCCUCGUCUCAUUCAAACAAUCCUUACUCGUCGCUGACGUCUGUUACCUCGCGGCUGGGCAUCGCGCUACCGAACCCUGCUCCGGAUGUCGACAUGACGCCGAGUCAGAUGCAGCAGGACGUGGUGCCUCCGAUACCAGAGAUACCCGCGACUGCAGAAACGCUCGCUCACGAGCCCAAGAAGAAGAAGUACGCCAAGGAAGCCUGGCCGGGAAAGAAACCUCUGCCGACUCUUUUGGUGUAAACCAACGGAGUGAUCGUCAAUAAUUUUAUAUUUAAAUAAAAUAUAAUUAUCAAUGAAUUAUAAAUUUGACAUGUAAAUAUAUAUAAUUUCAUUAUACAAUAAAAAAAAAUUCAUAAUUAUUGUUAUUAUCAUUAUUGUAUAUUUAUAACAGACUUUUAAAAAUAUAUCGAUACAAAAAAUAUUUUUUAUUGAAUGCAUGUGUGAAUACUUAAAAAUAUAAAAUAAAUAAUAAAUAUAAAUUUAUUAAAUUACGGCAUCGAUUGAGUCGCGACAGCAAGUGGCCAAGUUACCGGUCCUCUAACAAUAACGUCUUCAAGGGCUUCCUUUAUGAUAACGAACCGUCGUUUGAAUUCCAAACCGUCUCCCUUUGACAGUCUGAAGUCCAAUAGAAUUUGACUAUCCAUUUCUACAAUUAUGGCCUUGAAUACCAAUGGCAUCUUCCUUCUGUCUACCGUCGAUAUUGU